AUGUUAGUGGUGUUUGGGAUUGGGGGCGGUGGCGGGGAGCUGGGCUCAACCCAGCCACGCUACUCCCCUCUCCCUGCAGCCUCGCUGCUUUCCUCAAGACUGAGGAAUGCAGCAAGCGCUGCAUUCCCCAGUCUGGGAACAGCAGCUUGCUGCGUGGGUUUGGUCAUGGUUAGGAAAGCUAGGGGAGUUGGUCGUGCUGGUGGCCGCAAUAGAGGUAGAGGUGGGAGACGGUGCCGAGGUUCAGACCGCCAUAGUCCUUCACCACCUCCCGCGCAUGUGAGUGUGGAGCAGGAUCAGUCAGUGCAUCAGGAAUUACCGCAUGUAGAAGAGCAGGCACCCACUAAGGGUGGACAGCAACAGCAGCAGCAGCAGCCGCAACAGCAACCGCAGCAGCAGAAACUGAAACAGUCUCAGGGCCAGCAGGGUGGCAACCCUCCUCAUAGAAGAAACAGGAACUGGCGGAGGAGAAAACAGGGUUUUCCAGGACAGUCUUCUCAGAGUGCAUCUUAG